AUGGAAUUAUAUGCGUUAUGUCAAUUCUCUACGUAUUAGACGUCAACCUAUAUAUGGGACUGGUUUGAUAGAUAUAUGUAGGAAGUUAGGUACAACUGUGUGUACCAGAGUAUUGUCUCAUGCCAAAAAUCCCAGAGAAUUUUGGAAUUUCACAGACAUUUUGUAUGAUAUGAUCAUGUCUUAUGAAAGAAGAUAUCAAAUGAUGGAAGAAAAAAUAAAUAAAUUUGCAUUUGUAACUCCAGCUGUUGUUGCAAAAGAUAUUGUUUCCUUUUCACUAAAAGAAGUUUCAGAAAAUUUGAAAUCAAUGAUUAAAACUCAAUUUAAAGAUAUAUACCAUCCAAUACGUGUCAAGUUACAAAUAGCAUUCCCUGAUAAAAGACUUCUUCAGUAUGAUUGUGGAAAAUUACAAGAAUUAGAUAUUCUUCUUCGUAGACUGAAAGAAAAAGGUCAUCGUGCCCUAAUUUUUACACAAAUGACACGAGUCCUUGAUAUAUUAGAGAUAUUCUUAAAUAUUCAUGGGCAUACAUACCUUCGACUUGAUGGUUCAACAAAAAUUGAAGAUAGGCAAAUGUUAACUGAAAAGUUUAAUCAUAAUCCUAAAAUUUUUGUAUUUAUAUUAUCAUCAAGAUCUGGUGGUUUAGGUAUUAAUUUAACUGGUGCUGACACUGUAAUUUUCUAUGAUAGUGAUUGGAACCCUUGUGCUGACAGACAAUGUCAAGACAGGUGUCAUCGAAUUGGUCAAACACGUGAAGUAAAUAUAUAUCGUUUUGUGAGUGAACAUACAAUUGAAGAAAAUAUAUUAUUAAAAGCAAAUCAAAAACGUAUGUUAGAUAAAUUGGUGAUUAUGGAUGGUGAAUUUACAACUGAUUUCUUCCAAAGAGUAGAUUGGCGUGCACUUGUGAGUGAUAUAGCACCAAAUUGUAGUAAUGAAAUAAAAGAUGAGCCAAAGGAUGGGGUUGAAUUAGAACAUUAUUUGGAUAAGGUGGAAGAUGAUACUGAUGUUGAUGCUGCAAAAAUUUCAAGAAAUGAAUUUGAAAUUGAUAUUCCAGAUUUUUCAGAAGAUUAUGUAGCAACAGAAUUAUCUUCACCAAUUAAAAUUAAUGGAAUCAAUGAUGAUAAUCCUGAUCAUAUAGACAAUUAUAUGCUUCUUUUUAUUGAAAGGGAAUUAGCAUAA